AUGUCCCAGAACCAGAGCAAAGUCAACUGGCAGCAGAUUGCCGACUGCGCCAACGUGUCGCCGAUGAGCCUGUACUUCCCUCCUGUGGAAGAUCUCAUGUUAUACUUUGACGGUGCUGAUUGGGGUGACAAUGUCAAGCUGGAUGUUGCGUCUUUCUUACCUGAUCAACUGACACCAAAUGCUCUCUCUACCCGGGGCAAGACCCACGCUAUCGUCCUCCUCCCCCUGCUGGCGGCCAAAACCACCCCCACUGCCACAAAUCCUGCUGACUCUGCUGCAAACCCCGCCACCCUACAGCGUGAGCUGCCAAUCAUGAUGCCUGCACCUCGUUCAUGGCCUCCUACAUGUGGCGCGGAUGCUCUUCCGAUCGCUCACGCUGCAAAGCAUGCUACAUCCACGGCUGCGUCCGUGUUGACCAAUGCUGGAGACAGCAGCAACUCCGAUGGGCCGCCUGUGUGGAAGCAAUGCCUCUGCCACUGCCAACAGGCUGGUCACUUCAAGGGCUCAUUGGUAGAUGCCUUCAAGCAUAAGAUUUCUGCCCUCGUGGAGGCCCAUCAGGACAGCUUUGGUGUCAACUUGCCGGUGUGGGUGAAGAACCUACCAUCAACAACGCAAGUGAUGUGUGCAGUGCUUCUUGAGCGCAUUCUCCACAGAAAGGAGCACACACAGGCCAUGAACAAUGAGAAGGGGAAGAAGCGCAAGAAGGAUGAGGAGAAUAAGGUUAGAGGAGAGGACAUCUGCUGCCAGUCUAUGCAGCCACACCGCAAGUGUGCUGCUGCUGCCAUCAACAUCUCUGACUCCAACUCCAAUGCCGAAAAUCGUGCCCCAAUCAAGAAGGCUUGCAAGCUGCGUGCUGGCUCCUUGGCAAAGGACAUUUUGGAGGUGAAGAACUGCUUCAAGGAGAUGGUGGAGGUUUCGAAGGCCAACGCGGAGGCCCACACCCGUGCUAUGGAGAGCUUCUGCUGCACACUUGAGCACGCACUCUGCCAGAAUGUGUCACAGGGUAACUUUGGCACGCUCCGAGCAAACAACCAACAGCAACACCAACCUGUGAUUGGCGUGGGGUUGGGAGGAGAGAGAUGGUCUCGACAAUAG